AGCGUAAAUACCUACGAGUAUAAUCGAGAUUCAAGUAGUACUGCCGAAUACUCCGGUGGAAAAAUAUCAGGCUGUAGCAGCAGAAUGAAGCCCACGACCGCGUUGGCGGAAACUUUUCUGUGCGGAGGUACUGGUGGAGGGAGCGCCGCGUCUGCUUCUUCAACGUCGAGUUCUUCUGCCAGGGACAGCGCCUCACGCCACGCAAUGACUCUGCACCAGGUUGAUAAUCUCGACAAACUUCACGAAGCGAUAAUUUUCCGGAGGAACCGAAAUACGUUUGCGUAUCCCAAACGGUUCCGCCGGAAAAUGUUGAGCACGACUUCUUUCUACAACGACUGCUCGACCUCCAACACGCAAAAUUCGGAGUGCCAGGACUUCCGCGGUCUGUUCGCCGCGAAAGAGCUCGUCCCGGAGGCCAUGCUGACGUGCGGCGACGUGGAGCCGUUGUCCGGCAACCCGGUCGACCCGUUCCGCCGGUUGCACUACGUGAAGGAGUCCCAGUCGAACAUGUGGUACAAGUGCUGCGAGCAGCGGAACGAGGACCGGUUCGUCUUCAACUCCGGCCCGCCGCAGCUCCGGAACGAGGGCCCGUGGAUCCCGGGCAUUGGACCGCUCUACGGGAUGAGCCGGCGGGUGCAGGAGGAGCUAAAGAAGUUAACGGACUUCGGGGGGCAGAUCAUCAACCUGCUCCAGUGGAACCAGCUCACGGGCGGCCUCUUCGCCGGCAGCCAGGCGGAGAAAAUUCUGGAAAAGGCGCAGCUCGUAUCAAGAUGAAAAAUCCCCCCUCGUCCCCAUAUUCAAAUGAAAAUCCGUGAUGCGGGACUUGUCGUGUACACAAGUGUCUUGCAGUAGGAGAUCGCAGGCAGAUCGUUUAUGUGUGAACAGGCCUUGUGCUGUACUUAGGCACUUAGCAUGGCAGACGUCUCCGCUGGAGGCCUUACAGCGCUACAAAUAAUUCGCUCCUGGAUUUUCGUGCAAGACAGGAACGCUUAUACUGAGAAGUAUACCGCUUCAGUAGAAGGAGGGGGGAUUUUUCCUCGUAAUAGCUCGCGACGAUCAAGACCAGCUGUGUGUCCGGGAAGGCGUGCUUGGGGCACAGUUUCACGGAUCAGCUAUGCGCUGGAAGUAUGUCUGGGUCCACUUGAGGCCAUGGAAAACUGCAAUUUUGCAUGACCGCAGGGAAGGAGCCUUUGUUUUCCUGCUCAUGCGUAGUUACAGAUGCAGAUUUCAGAGUCAUGUGAGAUGACAAGCGUGACAAUAAACCCGCAGUCGCACCCGUUUAGACCACCCAGACCCAUUUGCAGUGCAUACCAACGCGUGAAGUACAAUAUGAUGCCGGCGAGAAAUAUGAAACUGUCAGGAUUGAAAUUGACAAAGUUGAAAAAUUUGUGAUGCAUAAAACCGACACCAGUUGGAAGCCUAAUUUCUAAGCGGCGCAUGACAAAUUUCGACGUCAUCCAAAUCCAGUCUGUCAUGCUGUUUAGCGAAAGAAGGCAUCCUUUGUCAUGCUACUUUAGCAGCUUCUUCCCAAACCCGAAACAGGCUCACAACUGGCCCUCACAACUGGCCUCACUUGGAAUCCCUGCAAGACAGUCACUACGUGCCUUGCAUUUUAUGCAUCGCAGAUUAUUUCAACUUUGUCGAUUUCAAUCCUGACGCACCGAUAAGAAAUCUUCGCUGCGCGUUGAUGGAGAACCUGAAAACGAAGGUGGACUAUUUCGGGCGCCGGAAGCAGACCCGGUUUUGCCAGUCGUUCAAGCGUUCCUUGGUCGAGAAGUUGCUGAAGCAGGUGAACGGGCUCACCCGGACGAUAUUGCGCAAAGCGGUCUCCUUCGUUCCCUUCAGCACGGGGUGCAGGGGAGCCCGGUUUGCGUGUCUGCAGCCGUACGACGGGAUGGGAAAGAAGUACCGGGUGAAUCUAGAAGAGCCGACUUGCGUCGACACAGGAUGGAAAAAUGAACCCUGGACCUUUCCCCACAAUUAUCAAGUGACUUUUCUGUAACAAAAUGGCAGGAUGUAGAUGACGAUGGUGAUGAAGAGACUACUAGGGCAUGAGAGUCAAAAAUCCAGUACGUAUUUUUUCGUAAAAGACCACCAGUUGCCAGCGCUGUCAAAAUGUCCCUUCACCAAUGUUUGUCCUGCGAAAGAGAAAGACCAA